AUGAGAAUAAUAAAACUAUCUUUAAGCUUUCUAUUAUUACUAUGCCAAUUAUUCAUUUUUAAAAUAGAUCUUUUAAAUGGAUUUCAUACUGGAAAUGGGAAAAAAUAUUUUUAUUAUAAUUAUGGACAAUUUAUAAAUUUACCAAAUUUUUCAAUCCACAAUAAAAAUAUAUACAAAGGAAAAUAUAUAUAUCAUGGAAAACGUUCAGAAAUAUUGAAAGCAAAUGAAAAUGUAUCACCAUCACCCGUUAAGGAUAAUACAACUAAUAAUAAUAUGAUUGGAAAAAAAGAAAAACAAAAAUCUGAAAUUAAUAAUAUUUUAAAAGAAAGUGAAAAUGUGACUAUGGGUCGUUCCUUUUCCUUUAACAUGGAUAUGUUAUCUAUCAAGCCGGAACUGUUAAAAGAACUCAUUACUCAAAAAUACAGGAAAAUGUUUGAGAGACAUGAUAAAGAUUGUGGAAGUAGCGAAAUACAAAUCAUAAUUUUAACAUUUAAAAUUUAUUUCUUAACUGAACAUAUGAAAAAAAAUAAAAAAGAUUUUGCAUGUUUGAGAGGGCUUUUCAAAUGUGUUAGCAAACGAAGAAAACUACUUGUAUAUUUGGGACGAAAAAACAGAGAAUUGUUUAAUAAAAUUACAGACUAUUUUAAAAUAAAAAAACCUUUAUUACCUAGAACAGCAGAAUAUUAUUCUAAAGAUUUAAAAUAUAUACAUUUUAACAAUACAAAAAGAUUUAAAAAUAAUAGUGAAAAAAAGAAAAAAGAUAAAACGAAAAAUAAAAAAGUUCAAACGGAUAAAAUUAUAUUUGGAAAUUAA